AUGCCCGUUACCCAAUAUACUCAGAUCAAGCCGGGCCUCCUGGUUUCCAUAGUAUUGAAGGCAGAUCAAAGAACCGGUCGGCAAGUCCAAGGCACGGUUUCCCAACUGCUCACCCGCCACAACCAUCCACGAGGCAUUAAAGUCAAACUCACCGACGGCCGUGUCGGACGCGUUCAACAAAUCCUCCCCCAACAGCAGAAUCCUCGACAACGCGCUAUGGAGUCCAACAACCCCUGGUCUGAUGCUCCAAGCCGAAACGAGUCAAAUACGGCUCAUCCCAUCCAGAAUACGGCGCAGUCUUACUAUCAGACCAACCUGUCACAACCCCAGUCCCAAAACCCCUCCUUCUCUCAGCAGCAGCAGUGGCAGCAGCCAGGCGCUCCUUCGCAGGGUAUCCGUCGCUCAGAAACCGAGCAAAUACUCGAGCAGCAAGCAGACAAAGCAGCACAGGUCGAACACAUGCAGCAAUACGAGGCAAACGCGCAACAGAGCGAAGGUGAUAAAAUUCAGGCAGAAUUGCAGAAAGAGUUCCCGAACAUUGACAGCAGUUUGAUCGCCGCGAUAUACAACGAGAGACCCGGAAACCUGGCUGAGGUUCGGGAGAUGUUGCAGGAGCUGAACUCGAAUUGA